AUGACAAACGCAAAGGGAAGUCACGGAGGCUCAACGCAUAGCUCCGUGCCGAAUGCGAAGAAUGCUUCCAUCCGAGUUGGAAUUCGUGAUGGUGUCACUGGAAAGUUCAGUCUGGUGCCACGAGCAGAAGCCGUAGUAUCAGUCUUUGACUCAAAUUUCCUCAUUGGCGAUGGCAUCUGGGAAGGUAUUCGUGCAAACAAGGGCCGAGUUCAGUUUGCCAAAGAGCACAUCAACCGCCUCUUCCAGUCAGCGAAAGCCAUGUACAUGGACCUCGGUCUGUCCAGAGGAGAUCUUCUUGACCUCAUUCACAAGACGCUUGAUGCGAACGACAUGGGUGACGAUGAGCAUGUUCACAUCCGACUUGUCGUCAGUCGUGGCCUGAAGGCUACUCCGUACCAGAACCCCAAGGUCAACAUUGGCCUUCCUCUCAUCGUCAUCAUCCCCGAGUCAAAAGCAGUUGAUCCCAACUCCAAGUCAAGAGGCUUGAGACUUGCGACAACAUGGGUUCGUCGCGGACCACCUGACGUUAAGGACGAGCAGUGGAAUCACAUCUCAAAAGCAACUGACGUUCAAGCCUGCAUUCACGCGAAUGUGAUGAACGUCGAUGAGGCGCUUAUGCUUGACCUUCGCGGUUUUGUCAAGACAUGCAACUCAGUCAACUUCUUCAUCGUCCGGGGUGAUGAAGUCUGGGCCCCUACCAAGGACAACCAGAUGCAAGGAAUUACUCGUCAAAAGACGAUUGAUGUUUGCCGAGCCAAUGGCAUUACUGUUCGAGAGCUGGACUUUACACUCACUGAGACGUAUGGUGCCGACGAGGCUUUCUGCACAGGGACUUUCCCUUCGCAAAUCCAUGUUACUGAGAUUGAUGGUCGAGUAAUUGGCAAUGGAAGGAGAGGCCCAGUGACGGAGAGGAUACAACUGCUAUACUCGCAGCUUGUGCGGAAAGAUGUGGAGAGGUCAAGGGAGGAGAUCAAGGCAGACGUGGUUAGUCCACGAGACUUGUCGUUCUUGAAAUCAAAGCUGUAA